AUGGUGGUUCGAGCAUGUCAGAAGCACCCGGACAUCUACAGCAGCUACACUCACCCCGCCAACACCACCUUCACCGUCAUCACCAACGACAACAUCAGCACAACGGCUCCUCCAACACGCCCAAGACCCUCCCGCACCGCCCGCCAGAUCCCUAUCGACCUGGCCGGCCCCCCUGAGGCUCCGAUGCCAGACUCCGUCAUCGCCGCAACAUAUCGGGGUCACGUCGCCUCCACCCAGGACGCCUUGAUCGUGAUCGAAGCCUGCCUACGGGGCGUACUGUACCACACCUGCCGCCGCCCGAGGUCAUCCGAGGAGUCAUCCCUUGCGAAGAGCGGGAAUAUCUUCGUGUAUGAGAGGGGGUCGUCGGGCAUCAGGAGUUGGGAGGACGGCAUAACAUGGUCGACGCCCCAGAGGGUUGGGAACUUUGAGAUUUGCCGGCAGCUGUCGUCUUCGUCGGGUCGAAGCAGGUCCAAUGGAAACCACAGCAGUUCCGGGAGAUUGUGCCGGAAAACCAUCAGCGUGACCGUCCGCGGUAUCACGCACCACCUCGUCGCCUACUUCAGCUCCCGCGACUUCACGUCGAACACACUCAUGACGCCAUCGGCAGACUUUGGCCUGGCGGACAUCAUCCCGCGCCCGGAGCUGUACAGCCAGGGUUUCCGAGCCCCCCUGGAAGAAGACGACCGCGAUGAGGUGAUGCUCCUGAUCAGGUAA